AUUGAACCUCUGAUAAGCUUCGUUAGAGGUCGCUGUGACCCGUAUAGUCUCACGAAAUUACGCAAGGCAAGUUAGUAUCGUGCCGGCGUCAGUGCAGUGAGGACGUGUGCUCGCGAUUCCGCCAAUCGUUUACGUUCGAUAAAAUUAUCUUGAAAGAUUCUAAAACCGAAACGCCGCGCCGAAAGCACGACACGAAAACCCAAAAUAAUUUAUAUAAAAAAUCUAGUCAACCUAUCUUUUAUAAAAUCAAAUUCAUCACAAAAAUGAAAUAAAACUGUGUUAUUAGCGUUAAGUAGUUUUACAUAUUUGUACUUAUUUUAAUUUUUUGUUACUUCUAUUGAAUUAGAUAAAAAUGCAAAUAUUGAAGGCGCGAUUCGCUUUACGGGCAACCGCCUCACAGUUCCAAGCAUGGAGUACCGCCAAAUGCCGCACUGCAGCUACGGACUCCAAAAUCGUAGAGUACAAACCGAUCAGAAGCGUGUUGGUGGCCAAUCGAGGAGAGAUCGCGAUCCGAGUGUUCCGAGCAUGCUCCGAGCUGGGGAUCCGCUCCGUCGCUAUUUACAGCGAACAAGACAAACUGCAGAUGCACAGACAAAAAGCCGACGAAUCAUAUUUAGUCGGCAAGGGUCUUCCGCCCGUGGAGGCGUACCUCAGCAUCCCGGAAAUCAUCAGGGUCGCCAAAGAGAAUGACGUCGACGCCGUGCAUCCUGGAUAUGGUCUACUUUCAGAAAGGUCCGAUUUCGCCCAGGCGAUCUUGAAUGCCGGUCUCCGGUUCAUCGGACCUUCGCCGAAGGUGGUCCAGCAGAUGGGAGACAAAGUAGCAGCCAGACAAGCCGCUAUUGAUGCUAAGGUUCCUAUUGUUCCUGGUACUGAUGGUCCAGUCACAACCAAGGAGGAGGCGUUGGAGUUCUGCAAACAGCAUGGGCUUCCCGUUAUUUUUAAGGCGGCGUACGGCGGCGGCGGGCGCGGCAUGCGCGUGGUGCGCGAGAUGUCGGAGGUGGGCUCGGCCUUCGAGCGCGCGUCGUCCGAGGCGCUCGGCGCCUUCGGCAACGGCUCCAUGUUCAUCGAGCGCUUCAUCGAACGCCCGCGCCACAUCGAGGUGCAGCUGCUGGGUGACAAGGCGGGUAACGUGGUGCACCUGUACGAGCGGGACUGCUCGGUGCAGAGACGGCAUCAGAAGGUGGUGGAAAUCGCACCCGCGCCCAAACUAGAUCCAGAGACUCGUCAAAAAAUGGUUGACUGCGCGGUGCAUUUGGCGAGAUAUGUGGGCUACGAGAAUGCGGGCACUGUCGAGUUCCUGCUCGACGACAAAGGGAACUUCUUCUUCAUUGAGGUCAACGCUAGGUUACAAGUAGAGCACACAAUCACAGAAGAAGUGACUGGCAUUGAUUUAGUACAAUCCCAAAUCCGCGUGGCGGAGGGCAUGACCCUCCCCGAGAUGGGGCUCACGCAGGACCGCAUCCAGGCACAAGGGUAUGCCAUCCAGUGCCGAGUCACCACUGAAGACCCUGCUAACAACUUCCAGCCCAGCACUGGCAGAAUUGAGGUGUUUAGGUCCGGUGAAGGUAUGGGUAUCCGUCUCGACUCGGCCUCCACGUACGCCGGGGCGGUUAUUUCACCGUACUACGACUCGCUACUCGUCAAAGUAAUUUCCCACGCCCAAGAUCUUCCCGCGUCGGCAGCCAAAAUGAACCGAGCGCUGCGCGAGUUCCGCAUCCGCGGAGUGAAGACCAACAUUCCCUUCUUGCUCAACGUGUUGGAGAAUCAGAAAUUCUUGAAUGGCUCAGUGGACACAUACUUCAUCGACGAGAACCCGCAGCUAUUCAUGUUCAAGGCGUCACAGAACAGAGCUCAGAAGAUUCUCAACUAUCUCGGACAAGUACUGGUAAACGGUCCAGCCACACCUCUGGCGACCAAGAUCCCGCCCUCCGACGUCAAGCCGUACAUACCUGCGGUGCCUUUGGACCUUUCCCCCGAGGCUAUUAAAAGACAGGAAUUAACUGGUGAGAACACAGCCGUCCAACCACCUCGUGGCUACAAGCAAGUCCUCGACGAGGGCGGUCCUGAAGCUUUUGCAAAGGCCGUUCGGCAGAACAAGGGGCUCUUGCUCAUGGACACCACGUACAGAGACGCCCAUCAGUCACUCCUCGCCACCAGAGUGAGAACACACGACCUUUUGGCAGUGUCGCCAUACGUCGCACACAACUUCAGUAAUCUCUACUCGCUUGAGAACUGGGGCGGAGCUACCUUUGACGUCGCUUUGAGGUUCCUGCACGAGUGCCCGUGGGAGCGGCUGCAGGACAUGCGGCGCAUGAUCCCCAACAUCCCCUUCCAGAUGUUACUGCGAGGUGCCAACGCCGUUGGUUACACCAACUACCCAGACAACGCUGUCUAUAAGUUCUGUGAAAUGGCCGUACAAGCCGGUAUGGAUAUCUUCCGAGUAUUCGACUCGCUGAACUACCUUCCUAACUUGAUCCUCGGUAUGGACGCUGCUGGAAAAGCCGGUGGUGUCGUCGAAGCCGCCAUUUCCUACACCGGAGAUGUUUCCGACCCCAACAAGAAGAAAUACGACCUCAAAUACUACACGAACCUUGCCGACGAGUUAGUGAGAGCCGGAACUCAUGUACUCGCUAUUAAGGAUAUGGCGGGACUGCUCAAACCACAAGCUGCCAAGAUGCUGAUCGGCGCGAUCCGCGACAAGCACCCCGACGUGCCCAUCCACGUGCACACGCACGACACGUCGGGCGCGGGCGUGGCCGCCAUGCUGGCGUGCGCCGAGGCGGGCGCCGACGUGGUGGACGUGGCCGUGGACUCCAUGUCCGGCCUCACCAGCCAGCCCAGCAUGGGCGCCCUCGUCGCCUCGCUGCAGGGCACCAGGCUCGACACCAACAUCCCUCUGCAGACGGUAUCAGAAUACUCAGCGUACUGGGAACAGGCGAGGACUCUGUACGGUCCGUUCGAAUGCACGGCCACGAUGAAGUCUGGUAACGCUGACGUGUACCUGAACGAGAUCCCUGGAGGACAGUACACCAACUUGCAGUUCCAGGCCUUCUCUCUUGGUCUUGGAAGCCAGUUUGAAGAAGUUAAGAAGGCUUACAGAGAAGCCAACCUUCUCCUGGGCGAUAUUAUCAAGGUGACCCCAUCAUCGAAGGUGGUCGGUGACUUCGCUCAGUUCAUGGUCCAGAACAAACUGACCGCCGCCGACAUCGAGGCGAGAGCCGAAGAGCUUUCCUUCCCGAAAUCUGUGGUGGAAUACUUGCAGGGAGCCAUCGGUAUCCCUUACGGAGGAUUCCCUGAACCUCUUAGGUCCAAGGUACUCAAGGAUAUGCCAAGGAUAGAAGGCCGUCCUGGAGAGAAGAUGCCGCCGCUAGACUUCGAUAAACUAAAGAGCGACCUCCAGGAAACCUACCCAGAAGUGACAGAUUACGACGUGAUGUCGGCAGCGAUGUACCCGCAAGUUGCCAACGACUUCUUCCGCAUCCGCGACAAGUACGGACCCGUCAAGCACCUGGACACCAAGACCUUCCUCGUCGGACCUACUGUCGGUGAGACCAUCGAAGUGAAGAUCGAGAAGGGCAAGACCCUGGACAUCAGGACGGUUGCCGUGUCCGAGGAGAUGACCGCCGCUGGAGAGAGGGAAGUGUUCUUUGAACUCAACGGACAGCUGCGAUCAGUGUUCAUUAGAGAUGAGAACGCGAGUAAGGAAAUGAAGAUCCACCCUAAGGCCAUUAAGGGAGACAAGAACCACGUCGGAGCCCCCAUGCCCGGAACAGUCCUGACAAUCAAAGUAAAAGAAGGCGACAAAGUCGAAAAGGGCCAGCCCAUUGCCGUCCUAUCUGCCAUGAAGAUGGAGAUGAUCGUACAAGCGCCGAAAGCCGGCACCGUCCAAUCCGUGCUGAUCACCAACGGACAGAAGCUUGAAGGAGAUGACCUCAUCUGCACCAUCGAAUAAACCGGAUGUAUACAACUGUAGUGUGGUGAAAACUACAAGUUUAGGUUAGUGUGUCAAGUCUAAAGUAAAAAAAUCUUCUAUAAGGGCAAUAACAGACCACUAGGUACACUGGCCCUACAAUGUAAUGGGCAAAUGAGAUUUCAUGCGAUUUUUUAUCUUUAUUUAUUUUUUUUGUCAUGCGUUGUAUUAUUUGUCCUCAUAAAAAUAACAAGUUUUCAACACGCUACAGUUAAUGAAUGUAAAUAAAAAUCGGGGAUUUGAUAUAUGGAUUAAGAUAUUGAAUGAACUGUUUAAAAAACAGUGUGCCAUCAUUCUGCAUUGCAGGCUUAAAAUUAUUUAAUAUUCUUAGUAUACAUCCGUGUCAGUGACACUAUUUAAAUAUUAUUGUAAGUUGAGCGAGUAUUGUAUUGAGUAAAAGACAUCACGUUGUAGUUGCAAAGCAAUUGGAAAUAUCAUUUGUAAAAAUCAUUUUAAUUGAUACUAUUGGCUAAUUACUUAUUAAUAUUAUUCUGUAAGAUUAACUGUACAAUCUAAUUAUAUUGGCAGUCUGUCCUUUAUAAAUGUGAUAGGAGCGUCAAAUAAGAACCAAAAAAAAUAUAAAAAAAUAUAUUUAUGGAUUUAAAAAUUAUCGACAUUAGUCAUUCCGCAGGAUGUCACAGGGUGGGUCAAAAGACGUUUUUUGUUAUUUAAUUUUGUCUUAAUUUUAUUAUGCUAUAAAAUGUAUAGCUUGUAUCAUAAAGCAGACUUUUCGAAAAUUAUCCAUAAUCGAAAAUCGAAGUUAUUGUUUUUUUAAUUAAGAGGUGCUCAGUUGUUGUCUAUGAUUACUUUGUUACCCUUUUAUAAUUAUUACGUUUAUACUUUUUAUUUAAUAAAAAGCUAUUUAAAACUA